AUGUUUCUACAUUGUUUGAAGAUGAAACACACACUGGCUUUGCUGUUAAUUCUCGGAACAAACGUUAUGACCCAGAAUCCUUGUCCAUAUAAUGUUAAGGAAUGCAGAUGUUCUGCAAGAACCUUGCUGUGCACAAAUCUAACAGGGAUACCUCCGCUGGAAUCCACCAAUCAAAAUGGUAGCAUUACCAACUUAACAUUUCAGUCCAGCAACCUCAACAAUAUCACAGAAAACAGCCUGCCAGCGAAUCUCCAGACUUUGGUAUUCUCCAAUGUCUCCAUCACUUCGAUAUCACCGAAUGCCUUCAGCAACUCAUCCACAACUUUGACAUCUUUCACCAUGGACCAGGUCAGCUACGAUGAACUUCCCGAUGCUCUUCUCAAUGUCAGCGGCCUAACAACGUUACAGUUAUCAAACAUGAAUAUAACAGGAUGGCCAACAGAUGUUUUACAGUACCUUGGCAAGACGGUUCGUUCUGUUUCCUUGACGAAUGCUGGCCUUACGUCCUGGCCUCAGUGGUUGAAAGAUUUCACAUUGGUCAAUUCUAUCGAUGUAUCUUCCAACAAACUGAAGACCCUCCCUGCUGACGCUUUUAAAAAUGUCAAAAGUUUGAAAACUCUUCUGUUGAGUUCAACAUUUCUCGACGAUACGGGCAACCUAGAUUUUGCUCUUGCUCCUGUUAGCAACUCCCUAGAAACUCUCAACAUAAGCCACAAUUUCUUUACCCAAAUACCAGCAGGACUAGUUAACAUGCCUAGGUUAUCUACAUUACAAAUAUCUUUUAACCUGAUAUUAGAAAUUACACCUGACACAAUCCCCUUAUCACUUACGAGACUAGACCUUACAGACAACCUAAUUACAGAACUGACUAACACAAGUUUUCCUCCUUCGUCCGCGUUAAAAACUCUACUAUUAACUUUUCUUCAAUUCACUUAUCUUUCUGAUUGGGCUUUCCAACCUCUCCGAAACCUCACAGGCUUAUCUUUGGCGUACACAAAUCUGGAAACAAUCCCUCUAGCGUUAACGAAACUGCCCAAUUUGCAGAUUUUAGAUCUGUCUAUGGGCGGUAUUAAUCUGAGAUGCAACUGUCCAGUCGAUGGGCAGCUGGCACGCUGGUAUCAGUCUCUGCGGAAUUUAACAGUUGUCGGGUGGUGUCGCAACGAUUUUAAUACUAUAAAUGUAAGUACUUACUUACAAAAUGGCAAACAGUUAUGUUCUUCUGGGUUUGAUUACCUCCGAGGAAACUUGUUUCUUUGUUUACUUGUAGUCAUGGCAACUGCUGUUUAUUUUUGGUAA